AGUUUUCAUUUGAUUUGUCCAAUACGAGGCAAGAAAGAGGCCGAAGUCAAACUACGAGGCAAACAAUGGGCCGGCGAGGGAAGAGGCGGGUGAAUCGUAGAGCCCAACCGGCGCCGCUCCAUCCGCUACUGUCGGCGUCCAUGGCAACCAAGAAGAGAAAGGUCGACCAAGAUGACGAGAUCCUCCUGCCUCCCGAUGCCAACUCCCAGGCCCACCACCAUCCCGUCGUGUACACACCCGCUCCUCCCUCCGACGACGAACACGGCGGCGAGGAGGAAGAUGACGUCUCCAAGCUCCUGGAGCUGCUCUCUAGAGAACAUCUCGUCUCCCUGCUUGUCACCGCUGCCGCCUCCGACCCCACCACCCUCUCCGAGAUCCGCCGCGUCGCGGACCUCGAUCCCGCCCACCGCAAGAUCUUCGUCCACGGCCUCGGAUGGGAGACCACUAAGGAAGGUCUCCGCGCCGCUUUCUCUGGCUAUGGAGACAUUGAUGACUGCCGCGUUAUCUUUGAUAAGGCCAACGGCCGAGGCAAGGGGUAUGGCUUCGUCCUCUUCCGUCACUGCAGCUCUGCCUGUCGUGCCCUCCGCCGCAGCCAAAAACUGAUAGACGACCGCAUGAUCUCCUGUCAGCUAGCCACCGCCGGACUCUCUGCUCAUCCCGCCCACCACAACAACCCUGGCCCCAGCGCUGGUCAUCAGGACAACCUAUCUAGGAAGAUCUACGUGGGGAACGUUCAUCCAGGUAUUAACGGUGCGCACCUCCUCAGCUUCUUUUCCCAGUACGGCGAGAUUGAGGAGGGUCCGAUCGGUUUCGAUCGACGCACUGGAAAGCCGAAAGGUUUUGCUCUCUUUGUCUACAAGACAGCGGAGGGUGCCAUGAGGGCUCUCGAAGAGCCAAGAAAAUAUUUUGAGGGCCACCUACUACAUUGCGAACGGGCCUUCGAUAACAAGAAUAAGGCGGCAUCCAACCAGAAUGCCGCGGCUUCACCAAAUAUGGCUCCAAGCACAGGAGUUCUGAAUGUAUCUGGUUAUGCAAGCACCCCAACAGAUAUGGCGUUACAACAAGCUGCGAUCAUGGGGCAAGGCCUUCUUAGCAUGUGUGGCGCACAAGCCCUUGGCCAGGGGAUUCAGUCAAAUCCUUCGAUACUUGCGCUACUUGCAGCAGCUGGGCAAAAUCCGGCUGCUUUUGGGGUCACACCUGCCAUGCUAGCUACCAUGAACCCUGCUUUUGUAGCUGCAUUUGGUGCAUCUGGUAACCAGCUAUCUGUACCUUCUGCAGUUGUUCCUCAGGUGAAACAGGUUCUAAACUAUGGGAUGGGAAGUACUCCAUAUCAAGGACCUCCAGGAUUUCAACUAUCUACAGGAUUUCAAGGGGCUACUGGUUUCCAAAGUUCACCAAGUCUCCAAGGCCCAUCAGAUUUUCAGGGGAUUCAAGAAGUUGCUCAACGAGGUGGAAGUAGCAGUUCUUACCUGGGAGUUCCAAUGUCAAGAACAAUGACUGGACCUAUGGCCUGAUAUGGUCAAAUUUAGGUUGCUGCUGAGGGUAUGGUUGGUGCACAACAUCCUUUCCCAACAUUAUGCAAGAGAGCUUGGACCUUGAAGCGAGCUUCCACUUAAAUCAAUCUGGUCGACUCAAAAGUAACAAAUCAGAAGAAAUUACGGUUGACCAAGGUGAUUGUCAGUCAAUCCACUAAAGAGCUAAUUCGGAUCCACCAAAGCGCUUAGAAUGUGGAAUAUCAUUGGCUUGGCAUGGACAUUAAGACCUAUCAAAGACACCAAUAGUAUAUGGAAAGGGAACUUUAGAAUAUCAUUUACAAUAAGCUAGCAAAGUUCUAGGUGAUUUCUUUCUGACAGUUCCUCUGCCACUAA